AUGGAGCGGAAGACAAGAUUUGCGCAAAUCGCGGGGGAAAGGCCGCACAAAGACUCGAGCGUUGUACAAAUCGCCCAUCGUCACCGUGUCUUGCUCCUUGCUAGCUCUCUGUUUGGUCGACCUGCGACCCCCCGUCUUCGGCCUUGUUUCUCUCCGCGGGUGCGCCAGACGCCGUUGCUAUUACGCGACGCAAAAAGGCCUGCGCCGUAG